UUUUAGCAUGGAGGAUAACGACUACAGCUUUGGUGCUAUGGAGGACAGCAGCAGCCGGGUGAGCUACGGCCAAGGAAGUGAGGAGAACGGACAGGAGGGAGGCGAUUCAUCGAUGGUGAUGGAAGGAGGAUUCAGUGGUGGGAAAAUGUUCCUUCUACUACACAGGCACACACAAGACAGCAAAAAUUGGAGUGCCGUGCGCCAAGCGUUUCUACCCCCUUUUUUUACGCACACAUCGACUGAGAGAGGGGGACAUAUGUGAACCCACGAUCAUGUUCGUCACAGAUAAUUAAUCCCCUCGCGACAGGUUGGGGGAUGACUAUCAAAGCGCAAAUCAGUGAGAGCCGAUGAGAAUCACAACUGGGCGGUGGAGACAGCAACAGCGGCUUGGGCGUCAUUGCAGCCAAGGCUGAUUUCGAAUGGAGCGCUGCGCGCGAAUCUACGGAAGUCAAGAAGGAACUAAACGGCAACCAGAAUCAGGAGGACUCUGGAGAAGAUGAAGAAACCAAAAAUCGCAAACGGCCUUUCAUUGAUGAACUGGGAGAGGAAGAUUCCGAGAGCCUGACAGAAAAACGUGUUAAAACAGAGGUGAAAGAUGACACGUCGAUGAGCAACUCAGAAAGUGCUAUAGACGGAAUCCGAGAGGAUGUGAGUGACAACGAGUCAACCGAGGCGUUGUGGACGGCAUUCGACAUCAUCAAACCCCGGAUUAUGAAAUCUGAGCAGUUACCUGAUCUUGAGAAAUUUUGGAGACCAGUCAUCGAGAGUCCAAAAGAUUUCCAAGCUUGGACAUCGCUUCUACAAUAUGUCGACCAUGAAAAUGAUGUCGCUGCUGCCCGCGAGGCCUACGACUCUUUCCUUCGCCGCUAUCCAUACUGUUAUGGCUACUGGAAAAAGUGGGCCGAUUAUGAAAAGAAGAAAGCCAUGAAGAAAGAUUGUGAAAAGGUUUUCGAACGAGGCCUGGCUGCUAUUCCUCUGUCAGUCGACUUGUGGCUUCACUACCUGAACUAUUGCCGAGUUCAUCACGCAGCCAACGAAAUGUUUGUUCGUGAACAAUUUGAACGUGCCAUGACAGUCUGUGGUCUGGAAUUCCGUUCAGACCGUCUUUGGGAGCUCUACAUCAAUUGGGAAGUGGAGCGAGACGAUCUUCGACGUGUUUUCCAAAUUUACGACAAACUUCUCGCUGUACCCACUCAGUUCCAUACAACACACUGGGAUAAUUUUCAGGAUUUAGUGAACCAGAACGAUCCAAAAGAACUUUUGACCUUAGAGGAAUACGAAGAGCUGAAACUUGAGAUUUUUAGAGAGCGCAAGAUUUCGACGGAGGCUGUCGCCGAUAUCAAGCUGACAGAAGAAGAAAUUCAGGCCAUCCGCAAAAAGACCAAAGAGAGACGGCAGGUUUUCCACUCGAAAACCGAGAAAGAUAUCACGGAUCGAUGGGCCUUUGAAGAAGGGAUUAAACGACCUUACUUCCACGUCAAACCACUUGAGCGUGGCCAGUUGAAAAACUGGAAGACGUACUUGGAAUUCGAAGUUGAGCACGGUCAACAACUAAGGAUCGAUACUCUCUUCGAACGCUGCCUCAUCGCUUGUGCCCUAUACGAUGAGUACUGGCUAAUGUACGCUCAGCACUUGGAAUCGCGAUGGAGCGAGGAAUUGGACAACCGACCGCAAAUUGAGAAACAGCUGCGCAGUGUUUACCGACGAGCUUGCACCGUUCAUGUUUAUGACAAGACAACACUAUACCUCAUGUGGUCCAACUUUGAAGAAAAGACAGGUCAUUUACAUCGAGCCGGAUUGAUUUUAGAUUUACUUGAGAAGGUAGCUCCGAAGUUUGAUAGUUUGGCAGUGCGUCGAGUCAAUUUAGCACGACGACAGGGCGAUCACGAAAGAGUGAUUGCUUAUUAUAGAAAAUACAUUGAAACAGCAAAGAAAGAUAAUGGUACGUUAGCGCCAUUAUCCCUCAGGGCGUCACGUUUUGCUGCAAAAGUCAUGGAUGAUGAAGAAUUAGCUGAAGAGUUUGUCGAGAAGGCAUUAGAAAAGGAACCGCGAAACGCACGGCUUUAUAUUCAACUCUUCGACGUUCGCUUCCAGAAAAAGCCUUUGGACGUUGAGGGAUGUAUCCAAGCACUGAAUCGAGCCCUUAAAUCGAAAUUAGAUUUGGAACAGCGAUGCCGAUUUGCCCAUAGAAAAGUGGAAUUCCUGGAGGAUUUUGGCAUGAACGUUGACGAAAUUUCAACCGCGCAAGAUGAAUACCAGAAGUUAGCAUUAAAGCUGCAAAAUGAUCGCCAAGCAAAAGCUGCCGCUCAAAUGGCGCAACAGCAAGCCAGCGCAACAAACGCCCCAACAGAGGCCAGCGCGGGAGAUGACGCAACAAAAACUAGUAAAACGGAAACGUCUGCGACAGCCACAACAACGUACACCGGAGCUUACGAUGGCGCCAACUACCAAGGAUUCCAGGGACAGGCAGGCUAUCAAGGCCAAUAUCAGUACCCUGGUUGGGGAGGUUAUCAGUAUCCUGCUGCCGCUGCUGCUGGUGGAUGGGGACAACAAGGCUAUUAUCCACAACAGGGAUAUGGCCAGCCACAAUAACUUUCGCUCUAGUGAAUCCUUUAAA